AUGACUGAGAAUAACGGUGAAAAAAGAUUAUCAAAAGAAUUCUUAAAGAAACUUUUGAAGAGUGAUUUCCGCUUUUACUACUCCACUCCUUAUUUGAACGAUUAAUUGUAUUUGCACUAUAAGGGUUUUCCAAAAAUUGAAAAUUUAGAAGAGUUCACUGGAUUGAAGGUUAUUUAUUUGGAAGGUAAUGGAUUCACUAAGAUAGAAGGCCUUGAUACUCUAGUCAACUUACGUAGUUUGUAUUUAUAGGAAAAUUUGAUUAAGAAAAUUGAAAACCUUGAUCACUGUACUUAAAUAGCUAAUCUUAAUUUAUCAGAUAACUGCAUUAAAAAGAUUGAAAAUCUUGGCUGCUUGAAAAAUUUAGGAACUUUACAAAUAAAGCGUAACUCUUUAGGUCAGGAUGGAGAUAGUGUAGACGCUCUUAAGGGCUUACUUGAAGUACCCACAAUUAGUGUAUUAGAUGUUAGUGAUAAUCGUUUGACAGACGAAGCAAUAGUUGACGAAAUCUUAGUUAAAAUGCCUAAUUUAAGUGUUUUAUAUCUUUAAAAUAAUGAAGUUUGCAAAAAAAUAUCAAAUUAUCGUAAAACUCUCAUUGUGAAGCUUCCUAAUUUAAAGUAUCUUGAUGACCGUCCAGUUUUCCCAGAAGAACGUCGUUUUGCAGAAGCAUUUGCAAAAGGAGGUUUGGAACUUGAACGUGAAGAACGUAAGAAAUAUAAGCAAGAGUAGGAAGAAGAGCAUUUGAGAAAUCACAGAGCUUUUGGAGAAAUGAUUGAGCGUUAUAGAUAAGAAGCUAGAGAAGAAAGAGAACGCAAUGCUUAAGCUUAGCAAGAUGAUAAUUCUAACUCAUAGGAAGAAAGAAAUGUUGACAAUCCUCCAGAUUUAGAAGAUGUUUCAGAGGAAGAAAGAAAAUCUUUAAACACCUCAACAACUCAACAAAAUUCAGAAAGUCUUCCAACAUAUAACACAGCAACUGACUAAUCUAGUAUUGCAAGUAAAAGGAGAGAUUCUUAAAGCAGCAAUGCAUCAGUUUAGCAUGACAUUCGUGAUAAAAUUCUUCCAUCUGAAAGUGAAGAAUAAAUGAACGAUUCUAGAUCUGAAAGUAACUAUUAGCCUUCUUCUAACCAAUCGUUAGAAAUUCCCCUUUAAAAAAUGUAAAUUUCUGAAUAAAGAAAUCAAGAACAACAAAAAUAAAAUGCUGAACCUGAAACUAAUUAUCUUGAUGAGCUUGAGUGA